AACUUGCUCCACGAGGUUCCUCUGCUCCUCUCUGAAGGUCUUCAGGUUGAUGACGAGCAGGAACAGAUGAGGACCAGGAUAACAGAGAUGCUGAUUUACUCCCACAUGUGAGAACAAAGAGAGUGUUUCUACAAACAAAGAUGAGAGUCCAACAACAGCACAGCACUCACACAGACGGUCCUCAGACACUAGUGAAUAAACAUCGGUUGGCGAUCAGUCAUGGCAAACACGGGUCUUCAGGUGAUGGGUCUGGUCCUGGGCGUGGCAGGCUGGGCGUUCGGGAUCCUGGUCUGCGUCGCCCCCUGGUGGCGUGUGUCAGCGUUCGUGGGGGAUGAGCUGGUGGUGUCUCAGGUGCUGUGGGAGGGGCUGUGGAUGACGUGUCUGUCACAGUUGGGCCGCCUGCAGUGUAAAGUCUAUGACUCCGGCCUCGCCCUCUCAGGCUCCGCCCAGAUGUGCCGCACCCUGUGCGUGCUGUCGCUGCUCCUGUGUCUGCUGGCACUCAUGCUCAGCGUGACCGGGCUCAAGUGCACGCGCUGCCUGGGUGACGCGCACGAGACCAAAGCUCGGCUGGUACUGGUCGGUGCAGCACUGUUCCUCGCGGCUGCGUUUUUCUUCCUUUUGCCGGUGUGUUGGACCGCGUAUGUCGUGAUACGCGAUUUCUACGACCCAAAUAUCGCCGCGCCACUUAAACGUGAACUCGGACCGGCGCUCUACCUGGGAUGGGGCGUGACCGUGCUGCUGCUGGUGGGCGGGGCUUUGCUGUAUUUAGGCUCCGCCUCCCCUGGAGUUCCAGCCGUGCCUGUUUUCGGAAAAGGCGCCAAAGGAAACCCUCCGUCCACAGCAGAGAGCAAACCGGAGAAGGUCUUUGUGUAAGAGAGCGUAAAAGACAUCAGCCUGAAAAAAAAACGUGUCCAAGUGCUCUCCUUUAAUCUGCAGAAAUGCAGGAAUAUUAUCAUUUACUCACUGUCAUGUGCAAAAACUGUAUGUUUUUUUUUUUUUUUUUUUUUUCUGUGGAACGCAAAAGGAGAAUUUUGCAUAAUUAUAGCUUUUUUUAUUAGAUUUGAUUUUUAAUCAGCUCUUUUUGAUCCAUUCUCAUGGACAUUUGUAUUUGGUCUCCCAUAGGUGGUGCAUCAUAGACAUACAGUACAGCUCACAACACACAGAAACAGUUAUAGAUGAUGUUAUGAUACUCUUAUGACACUUUUAAAAUUGGAACUUGACAGUUUGUCUUCAUCUGGAAAAGAGCUGUCUGAUGCUUUUUCAUAAUUUCUACUUAUGUUUACAAGAACAAAAUAACAUUGGUUUAGAACAACAUGAAGGUAAAUGACAUUGUUUUUUAUUUAUAGAAAGGCCAAUUGGACUAAGAAAUCUGAAUCUAUCAUUAAUUUCCAAGACUUUCUGAAGGAUUUUGUAUGUGCUAUACGAAGGUCAUUAAUUAGGUUACUCUGAUUUUGUUGUUGUAUCACUUCCUCACAUAUUGUUUUUGUCUUUUUUCAAUUCUCAGUAUAAUGAAAGAUUAUAUCUCAUGUGAUUUAUUUACUGAUGUGUUAUGGUGCAUUAUUUGUCUAAUAAAUGUAAUAGAAUAAUGUAGGUUGACUGCAUGUUGAUGUGUGUUGACUGGACAUGCAUUGCAUGCGUGCAUUAACACGUUGGCAGGGAUCACAUGACACAAUAGCAGAACACAGGACAGGGACAAUAAACAGAGUGUCCACUGUCGCUCUGAUGAUGUCAUCAUGCUGGAGGACGUGUGGAAUAUGAUCUCGUGUCCCACAGAACUCCUUCAGAAGCCCUGCAUGAAAACAGACCGUAAGAGGAGGAGGAAUUCAUCAACAUCGGUACUUCAGAGACAUUAGUGACCCCUACAGGCAUGUUACCCCUGGUGCUUUAAGGGGGGAAAUUACUAAGAAGUGACUAGAUGAUUCAGCCACAGUAGCUGUAUUACUGCAACAGUCCACAAGAAGACAGUCAAACCCAAGCCUCCAGGAUCCCACCCUCUCAAAAAUAAAGGUUCUUUAUUGUUGUUGAUGGUUCCAUGAGGUUCCAACAGGUUCUUUAUAUUAUGAAAAAAUCGUUUUUUUGAAAGUACUGUUAACUGAAAGGUUCUUUGAUGAACAAAAAUGAUUCUUCUACGGC